AUGCCACAGUCGCUGGACCAACGCGACCACCAGAAAGAACCCAACCACCACCACGACACGACAGACGGAGGCGGCAGACGAACCAGCCAAACAACAAGACAAGCCCACCAACAGGCAAAGACAACCAGUCAACCCAACCGCCACCGCGAAGCCGCCGUGGAAGGAGCGUUCGCCUCCGGAACGGCGGCCAAUAACGACUACCUCAACAAUGCCAAACGACGCAAGGCAUUGCACAGCCAAGCGAACUCCAAAAAGAAGAAACACGAAACAGUCAAAACAUCCACGACAGCGGGGAGAACCAACUCCAUCAAAUGA